AUGCCCUGGUACCUUUGGGGGUCCUGGAGGGAGAGGCCUGGAUGGUGGCUCGGAAGUGCUGGAGGGAGACCUGGUGGCUUUGGGGGAAUUUCUUAUGGAGCUGGGGGCUUUGUGAGUCCAGGGGGCUUUCCCCUGGGCAUCCAAGAGGUGACCAUCAAUCGGAGUCUACUGCAGCCUCUGAAUAUAGAGAUCGACCUUCUAAUUGGGGAGGUGAAGACCGAAGAGAAGGAGCAGAUCAAGACCCUCAACAAUAAAUUUGUCUCCUUUAUUGACAAGGUGCGCUUUCUGGAGCUGCAGAACAAGGCGCUGGAGACCAAGUGGUGCCUCCUGCAGGAGAAGACAGCCACCUCCAAGGCCAGUGCCAAUGAGCUGCAUCCCUUCUUUGAGUCCUACAUUGGCUGUCUCCAGGCCCAGCUGGGCAGACUGAAGAUGGGUCGGGGCCGGCUGGAUGGGGAGCUGGGUAUGAUGCAGGCCCUUGUGCAGGAGUACAAGAGGAGGUAUGAGGAUGAGAUUAACAAGCACUCAGAGACUGAGAAUGACUUCAUGGUUCUGAAGAAGGAUGUGGAUACUUACUAUAUGACCAAAGUGGACUUGGAAAUCCAAGUAGAGAGCCUGACCAAUGAGUUUAACUUCCUGAAAGCCAUUUAUGAAGCUGAAUACAAUCAAGUCUUAUCAGAAUCCAGUGAUAUUUCUGUGGUCCUGUCCAUGGACAAUAACCGACACUUGGAUCUGGACAGUAUCAUCACUGUGGCCAAGGCCCAGUAUGAAGAGAUUGCUGAGAAGAGCAAGGCUGAGGCCCAGACCCUGUACAAGACCAAGGUAAAUACGCUGGAGACCAUGGCUGGCAAGCAUGACGACGACCUGAGGAGCACCAAGCAUGAGAUUGCUGAGCUCAACAGGGUGAUCCAUAGGCUGAGGGCAGAGACUGAGAGUGUCAACAAGCAGAAUGCCAACCUGCAGGCAGAAAUUGUUGAUGCUGAGCAGCGGGGUGAGUUGACCCUCAAAGAUGCCCAAACCAAAUUGGCAGAAUUCAGAGAAGCCUUGCAGCAGGCCAAGGAGAACCUGGCCCAUCUCUUCCGUAAUUAUCAGGACCUGAUGAACAUCAAGCUAGGUUUGGAUGUGGAGAUUGCCACCUACCAGAAGAUGCUGGAGGGCGAGGAGUGCAGGAUAUCUGGGGAGUUCCAGAGCCCAGUGUAUAUUUCUGUGGUCAAGCACAUGUCCAGCAACAAGAUCAUCAGUGUUGGAGGCAAUAACAGUAGUGGCAGAGGUGGUUGGAGGGGCAACAGAGGUGGCCAAGGCAUCCAACAAAGCAUCCAACAAGGCCGUGGGUAUACCACUGUUGGGAAAGGUGUUCAGUCUGGAAGCACAAGCAUCUCCAUGGGCACCAACUGUGUCUGA